GGGUUAGGGUAAGGGGUGGGGGAAGGGCGAUAAAAGAGUGUAAAAAAGAAUAUAAGAGGGGUGUGCACGGUCCGUCUAUGGCCCAGCGGGCUCGCACUCACGCCUCAUUGAGGCCCCCCGGAUGUCUAGUACCCAAUUUGGUCAUCCACAGGCGUUCGGCGUGUCGCCGUUGGCCUGCACUCCAUUUGGAGUCGUGCUGGAUGACACAAACCCGGACAGAAGCCCACCCGUGCCGGAGGAAGUGUUGCACCAGGUGGGUGGUGGUGUUCUUCUGUCGAGUAAUGUUGUGUCUAUGUUGGUGGAAACGGGUGGCGAUGGUGUUUCCCGUCUCCCCAACAUACAGGGCGUGGCAACGCUGGCAUCGGAUGACGUAAACGCAGUUUUUUGUGCGUGCGUCCCCCCUGCAUAGGGGUCGGAAGACCCUCCCGUUGUGGCGGUUAAGUAGCCACGGGAUGUGUCUGAAGGGGACGCUGCUCCGAGUCGGGGGAGGAUCUCUCGUGGAGGGGACCCGAGCCCUGACCAGCAGAUCGCACAGGUUGGGAUUCUUACGGUAUGCUGACACCAAAUAAUGUUUUUGGAGCCUGCCACUAUUAUCCACAAAGUCUUUAAAGUUUUGUUUGACUCUUCUAGCUACCUGUACCGCCGCAGGUGAGAAGGUCGUGAUCAGGGGGAUCAUGGACUCACCAGGGGGAGGCUUCUUGGGGUCCAAGAAGCACCUGAACUGUCUCCUGAGGAAGGAUCUCGAAUAUCCCCUCUUCCUCAGGGCCGUGAACAGGGCUCCCGUGGCCGUGACGAAGUCCUCCCGCCUGGUGCAGAUCCGGUGGAAUCUUAGCAGCUGGGACUUGACCAGUCCCGCGUAGGUAUGUCGGGGGUGGAAACUGGUCUUGUGGAGGAGGGCGUGGGUGUCAGUCUGUUUGAAAUAAACCUUUAUGUCCAGAUUGUGAGUGGAGGGGAAGUCUGGACCUUUGUAUGUGGUGGUGUCCAAGAAAUCCACCGACAUGGGGCUGGUGGUGGACUUGAUAGUGAUACUGGGGUUGUGAGUAUUGAGGGUGUGGCGGAACACCUCAAACUCCUCUACGGAGUGGGCCCAUACCCCCCAGAUAUCAUCGAGGUACCGUAAGUAAUGCAGGGGCUUGAUCGGGCACGCUGCGAGGGCGGAGGUCUCCCAUUCCGCCAUAAAAAUAUUGGCGUAUGCCGGGGCAAAUUUCUUCCCCAUGGCUGUCCCUUUAAUCUGGAGGAAGAACUUCCCAUUAAAUUCGAAGUCGUUCCUCCUUAAAUUUAUGUCGAGCAGCUGCAGGAGUUCUUUGUCCGGCCUGCUAAUGUCUCGAUAUUUGCCAAAUAUAUUUUUUACGGCUUGGAUGCCCUGUUCAAUGUCUAUGUUUGUGUAUAAACUGUCUAUAUCAAUUGUGAACAGAAUGGCCUCUUGGGGAAUGGUCAGAUUUUUAAUUUUUUCUAUAAAAUCAUAUGUGUCUUUCAAAUAACUAUUGUGUUUGAUGGAAAGUGGCGUUAAAUAAAAAUCAAUAAAUUCUGCCGUCCUGUAGGUUUCGCUCCCACAGUCGGAAACUAUGGGCCUGCCCGGGGGUAUGACAUGGGGCUGGCUCCAUUUGUGGGGUUCCUUGUGGAUUUUGGGGAGUAAAUAAAACCUACGAGGACGGGGAUCCGAUUCGCCCAGGAGGUAAGUAAACUGUUUAUGAUUGAUGAAUCUUUUAUUUAAUAAAUUUUUAAUGAUUUUUUCCACCAUAGGGAUUGUGUCAAGAUAAAUGGGUGCGGCCAACGGGGAGUAGUAGGUGGUGUCGUUCAGUUGUCUGGUGCCCUCCCAGACAUACUGAGACCUGUCAAAGAUGACCACAGCGCUUCCUUUGUCUGCCGGUUUGAUAACAAUGUUAUUGUUAUUUUUCAGACUCUGAAGGGCCUCAGUUUCGUCACGCGUGAGGUUGGGCGUAAUGGCGAGGGCGCAACCCGAUAGGAGCGAUGGAUGCUCGUCCGCUAGGACCAGUGUGUGGACCUCUGGAGGUAGCAGACCGGGUGAGGGCUCCCACUCGGACCGGGCGGUGAAAGGUCGCGGACCGAGGGACCCUUGCUUUUCAUAGAACACCGCGAGUUUGACACCCCUGUGGUAUUCUUGUAAGUCAAACUUCAUUUGGUGGUGCCACUCAGGACUAAGGUUGGUGGAUGGGACGAACGUGAGGCCUUUAUUGAGGAGGGAGCGCUGUGAGGAGGUAAGUGUGAAAUGUUUUGCCAAAUUUACAAUGUUUUUGUUUGUGUUUGUGGUGGUGUUGUUUGUGCUUGUGUCACCCCCCCGACAGGUCGGGUUUUUGGGGAUGCCAUGUUUAAAUGGUGAAGCCAGUGCUUCAGCAUGUUUUUGGCCGUUUCCUCGGUCCAGUGAAGGUUGUCCCUCCCCGUAGCAAACUUCUCACUGGUGAGUGCCGGAAUGAAAUUAUAGUUUUUUUGAAUAUAAGUAUUAAUUUUGUGGAGGUUAUCUUUAUGUUCCUGGGGCAGGGCUUCUGAGAAGUUAAUGAUGGGGAUGGAAAUGUCGGCGUUCGGGAACACCGUUUUGGCCACCUUUAGGGCCCUUUGGAUUUGUUUAAAGGUGGUGGCCUUCGGGUUUUGUUCCUUGUUAUUGAGGCCGAACGAUAACACCACCAUUUCCACUUCGACACUAAUCUUUGUUUUUUCUAGGAUGGCCUCUGCGUGGCGGAAGUUGGCACCUGGAUAGCUGUCCAUCUGAAGGUCCUGGAGACGGACAGGUGGAAGACGACUAAUAUUGGAGUCGCCAAUCACCAGGACCUUCUUAUCCACAGACAGGUGCCAAUCAACCAACUUGCGCGUUGUACUGAUGUGUCUAGUGGGGCCCCUGCGCGGACUGAUAGGUGUGGCUAAUUGUGUCGUGUCUGUAUCCUCUGUCGGCUGAGAGGCCGAAGCGACCGCUCUAGGCCCCUUCCGGAUUCCCGAAAAAAAUUGGGACCAGCUUGGACCCGCUUCGGGAACCGGCGUGCGUGGAGGAGGAGUGUCCACGAGGGGCACGUCCGGAAGAGGCGCGUCCGGGAGGGGCGCGUCCAGGAGGGAGGAAGUCGGCGAGGAUGGUCCCGGUAGGCCAGAACCUAGUUGAGACCAACUGGGGGGCGUGUCAGGGGGCAGCUGGGACCACCCUGGAGGCCCCUCAGGGGAUGACGCCGGCUGCUCAGGUGGCGGUGGCGCGUCCGAGACCGCAGGAGGGACCCUGACUUCGGUCUCGACCUGCGGAUGCGGCCUGGGUGGCGGGACCAGGGGAGCCUCGACAAUGGAGUUGUCGGGAGGACUGCUGCAUGGCUCCUGGGGUCGUGUCAUUCUCUGGGGCCUGGAUGGUGCCGCAGCCAGAGAAGAAGGCGACAAAACCGGGAAGGGGACCGGGGUGACCGGUCCCCUAGGACCCGGAACCGGCUCCACCACAGGGGACCAGUCCCCGACCACGGGGUCGGUCAUGGUGGACGCCGUGGCUCGCACAGGAGCGUGCAGGGUUGGAACCGGCAGGGGCAGCGGCAGCGGCAGCGGCAGCGGCAGCGGCAGCGGCGGCUGCACUACCUCCAUCACCACUCGGGUGCUGGAAGGAUCCAAGCGGACUGGUGACCCCGUCUGCUGGGAUCGUGACGGACUACCCCCCUCGUCCACGCCACGAACGUCCACACAGAUGGAGAUCACCAGACCCUCAGCCAGCCGCAGUGUCUCGGUGGUCAACCUGCGUCCCAGGUGUGUCCUGGUCCAAGCUGAGGCCACCUGGAAUGGUUCCUUCCAAUUUUGCCCAAUAAAAGCACUCAAUUUGUUGAUUUCCGAUAGCCACGCAGCACCUCCGCGUAGCUCCUGCGAGGCGGUUGUUGACGACGGUCCGCAAAAUGAUAAUCUUCGUCAUCAUAGCGGCCGUAUUGAGGUUGAGGACGAGGGGGCGGGGUACUCGUGGGAAGACCAGGACCUCCGGGGCAUCCCCUACGCCAGAGACGUCCGGAUUCCCAGUACCCAAUUUGGUCAUCCACAGGCGUUCGGCGUGUCGCCGUUGGCCUGCACUCCAUUUGGAGUCGUGCUGGAUGACACAAACCCGGACAGAAGCCCACCCGUGCCGGAGGAAGUGUUGCACCAGGUGGGUGGUGGUGUUCUUCUGUCGAGUAAUGUUGUGUCUAUGUUGGUGGAAACGGGUGGCGAUGGUGUUUCCCGUCUCCCCAACAUACAGGGCGUGGCAACGCUGGCAUCGGAUGACGUAAACGCAGUUUUUUGUGCGUGCGUCCCCCCUGCAUAG